AAAUGAAUAGUUACCCUUCUGAAUCAGUAGAGGGAGCACCAAGAGGAGAACAACUAUCUGAAUUUAAUUUUUUGGUAUAUAUAUACUUUGCAUAUACAUUAAAUUUCUUAUGUUCCCUCCCUAUCUUAUGUACUAUUAAUUAAUGUUUAAAUUCUUGCAAUAUUUUUUAAUGCUUAGGCACCUCCACUAAGAUAUGAUUUGGAGGAAGAAUUUGAAAGCCAUGAGAAAAGGAUGGAAAAAAUGCAAAAGACCAAAGGAAAGCAAACGGAGGAAGAUGAUGAGGAAUAUAAAGAAGACUUAGAAGAGGAGGAAGAGGAAGAUGAUGAGGAGGAAGCGGAAGAUGAUGAGGGAGAUGAUAUUGAUGAUAGUCUUGGUAAAAGCAGUGAGGGGAAUAUCACUAGAGCUAAAGAAAGCACAACAAAUAGAAAUAAAAAAAGGGGAAAAGUUUCUCAGAAGAAUCAACCUCCUGAGGUCAAUGAACAAUCUCAACCUCAAGGCACUUAACGGAGACCAAGGGGUAAAACUUCUGAAGCUUGGAAAUAUUUUGUGUGCUUUAUUGCUUUAUUACUGCAAAUGCUACUAGCUGUUGCUAUUUGGGUUACUUGUUGCUGCAAGCUUGUAAAUGCUGUUGGCUGUUAUUAUAAAUAUUGCUUUUGGAUUUGUUUUUUGAGUUACUUUUUGCUGCAAAUGCUGCUAGUUGUUGCUAUAAAUACUGCUACUACUG